AUUUCGACGAAUGGGGUGGAGUCGUUCGUGGAGUUCCUCUACGCUGACAACGGUAUCCAAUGGGUGACAGGGAUCUCGCAGUCUCGCUCCGGGCUCCCCGAUGCCAAGGCCCAGGCCGGUUUGGUCACCACCGACGGUCGCAUGGUCACCCUCAAAGGCUCCGGCACGGACCAGAGCAUUCAUCUCGAUAGAUGGUCAAACACAGGUACUCCAGGACUCUGGAUAUUCAGGAUCGGAAAUAUUGGCACGGAUGAGAACGCAGAGGCUCCUGAAAUUCCGCAAAGAGUUAUUUGAAACAGUACAAGGAUGAAACAAGUGGCAGCUUUUACUGCACAGACAUCGACGAAUGCAGUAUGAUGCCACCCAUCUGUCCGUCACAAGUUUCCAUUUGUCGCAACUACCCAGGAACCUAUGUAUGCACCUGCAGGCCAGGUUACACUGGAAAUGGUUACAGUUGCUUCCCUCUAGAUGAGAGACCAAGAGAGACUUGCGCUCGAAUCUCAUGUCCAGCUGGAGCCGAGUGUGUGGAAAACAGAGGUCAAGCGUACUGUGCCUGUUCGCCUGGAUACACAGGAGAUGGAACUCUGUGCACACCUCUACCAACCAGCGCAUCUUGCAACACUACCCACAACUGUUCGCCUUAUGCCGACUGCUUAUACAAUCCAAUGACCAGCAGCUAUGAAUGUAAGUGCCUCUCAGAAUUCAUCGGAGAUGGUUACAACUGCGUUGAUGCACGUCAGAUUCAGCAGUCAACUCACAACAAACCAGAUACCACAGUCCCAAGCUGCCUGAUAGGCAAAUGCUGGUGUCCAACCGACUACAUCUUACACAAUAAUCUCUGUGUCAGGUCCAAUUUCGCAGGACAGGGUGAAUCUGAUGUUUCUUGCAACACAGUGAAUCGGUGCCACUCUCAUGCUCAGUGCGUGUACACAGGGCGUUCUUUCCAAUGUAAGUGUAAUGCUGGCUAUGAAGGAAAUGGAUUUGAGUGCACAAAAGUUGAAACAUCCUGUUUAGAUUAUGAUCAGUGUGACACUCAUGCGUCCUGUGCAAUGAAUACAACUCUGAACCGGUAUGUGUGUGUUUGUAACCAAGGCUACGAAGGUGACGGAACCAGGUGCUCUGAAAUUGCUUUAGGAGCCUGUGGCAACUGUGGAGCCUUUUCAGAGUGCGUUUCUGUGGAAGGAACAGACCGUAAAGAAUGUCAAUGUAUCGCUGGUUACAUCAAUUAUGGAUCAAUUUGUCAACCAGACACUGAAGAUUGCGCACGCUGCCAUCCAGAUGCUCAGUGCGUCAUCAACCCACAGUCAAAUGUGCUUCAGUGCCAGUGUUUGCCCAAUUUCAUUGGUGACGGUGUGAAUCAAUGUGAGAAAAAGCCACUCGACUGUCACUCCGCCCCCAACUGUUCACCCAGUGCCAACUGCAUCUUCAAUCACUCGCUGAGUCAGUAUAAGUGUCAGUGUAUGAAGGGAUUUGAAGGAGAUGGUUAUGAGUGUCGACCUGUCAGAACUUGUAUCGAGGACAAAUCUAUGUGUAGCAGAGAUGCAUCCUGCGUCCUCAGUAAACUGGGAGUUUUCCAUUGUGAAUGCAAUGAAGGCUUUUAUGGAAAUGGAUACGUCUGCAAAGAAGUGCAUCAACCUGAUGGAGACUUUCUACUCCUCAAUCAAGGGAUGACAACAAUACGUCUGCCUUUCAAUCCAUCAAAGAAUGACACCCCUCGACCCAUCCAGCUUCAAACUAAUCAAAUCGCAAUCGGUAUUACUGUCGAUUGUAUGGAGGGCCGUGUCUACUGGAGUGACAUCAGUGGCAGAGCAAUCAAAAGUUGUAAAUUCAACGGCAAAGAUGUUCAAGACCUAAAUAUCACAGACGUUAUAUCGCCUGAAGGACUGUCCGUAGAUUGGAUCAACCGGUUUUUGUACUGGACCGACUCUGGCAAGAAGGAAAUUGCUGUUGUCAAUCUGGACACCAAACAGAGAACAACUCUAAUCAGCAGCGGCUUAGUGAACCCGAGAGGAAUCGCAGUGCACCCUUUCAGACAGAAAAUAUUUUGGUCCGACUGGAACCGCAAGAGGCCAAAAUUAGAAUGGGCCAAUCUGGAUGGUUCAGAUAGAGCUGUAUUUUUAGAAGGCAACUCUGUAGUCCUACCAAACUCUUUAGCAAUAGACUGGGAUACGGACGAAUUAUGCUGGGCUGAUGCAGGCACCAAAUCUAUCGAAUGCGCUAGUAUUGAUUCUCGAACGCACCGAUCUGUGGUUUCAAACUGCAGCUAUCCAUUUGGCUUAGCAAUUACCCGAGAAAAGUAUUAUUGGACUGAUUGGAUAUUGGAAAAAGUCGAAAGUGCUACUCGAAGUGGGAAAAGACUGAGCAAUCUGCAAUUACCGCUUAUUGGAAAUGGAAAAUUGUAUGGUAUAACUCCAGUCUUUGCUCAGUGCCCUCGCUCAUAACACUAAAGAACUUCUCUUUUUUUGAUGGUUGUAAAUAAUUUAUUUUAAUACAUCUCAUUUAAUUUAUUCUUGUAAUUUUCUAAGCUUCAAGUUUGUCUAAUUUUAUCUCCUGUGUAAAAAAAAAAAAGAUCUUUAGUGCGGCAACUUUUUCUUAAUAAAUCUCUUAAAUUUGA